GAGUAAUUACCAUAUUGUAAGCACAAAGUAUUCGCUUGCACUGCAACGAUAACGAUAACUCUGCAACGAUAUGUAUCGCUGCGAUAAGCUCUGAAGCUGCCAACACGAACACCAAGUGCAAAAUAAAAGAAACCCUCAAUAAUGUGUUUGGAUUUAUAAAAGCCAAAUCAAACAAGUUAAUGCGCUGCAGCAAUCGAUAAGCCAUAACUUGGACAGACACCAGCGGCAUGAGUUGGUUCGAAAAGGCCAAAACAGUACUAAUUGAGGCGCUCGAUAUACAGGAUGAUGACAACAAGGCAGAUGAAAACGUCGUCAGCGGCAGCAGCAGCAGCAGCGCUGGUACUGCCAGCAACAGCGCAGCAUCCACGCCUGGCGCCAAGGCAGCGGCCAUAGCAAACACAGCAUUGACCACAUCCAAUGUUGACGGUGCCACGUUCUAUGAUAAUCCACAUGCCAAUGAAAUGGUAACAAUACCGCCCCGUGCCAGCAGUGAUAGCUCAACGCCUGGCAGUGCACAUCUUUAUACCAAACGACAGUCGGCUACAUCGGAUUCGGUAGAUUUGCUGUCAUCACCUUCUCCCACAUCGCCACAGUCUCCAGCUGCUGCCCUUGAGUCAUCAUUGGAGCUUCUAACAGCGCCCACAACAGCCAGUGAAACGGAGCUGUCUCCCGACACGGAAGCAUCGCUGCCGGACAGCAUUGUGAUCAUUGCCAGCAACGAAACCUCAGACAAUGCCGAACCUGAUGAUGAUGACGACGACGACGACGACGAUGAUGAUGCGCCAGCAGUUAAUUUGCAUGACGAUCAGGAUCAUGCGGUGCAGCUUAAUGACUCAACCAAAACAAUGAAGGCCAUGGCAUUUAGCGACACACAAACUGCCAUUAAUGUGAGCACGGGUACGGCCACGGGCACGGGCGCUGACUCGGACUCGACGCAUAGUUUUGAGGACAUACAAAUGCAGCUGAGCAACAAAAUCAAACCAGAACCAGCUGGCAGUCCGCUUAGCACUGAGGCGCCAGGCAAAACAUUAGAUACGGUGGAUCAGAGCUAUUCGUCGACAUCGUCAGAUAUUGAAAUCAUUUCCAAUCCCAACGGGGAUUCCAGCACGAACAGCACAGCGACGCGCACGAGUCCUCAAAAAUUCAAGGAGCUAUGCGGAGCUGCGAGCAAAAGCAAUACGCAUGGUCUGCAUAUUCAAAAGAGCAAGGGACACAAUCGGGAGCUGUCUGAGAUAUCGCUGCUCUCAGAGGACUCACAAUCGGAGCUGGACAAGCUGGUGCAGCGCAUCAGUGAACUGAACCAGGUGAUUGAAGCACGUGAACAGCGACUGCUGCAGUCGGAGCGUCAAAAUGCGGAGCUGCUGGAGCGCAAUCAGCAGUUGAACGCGCAUGUGGAGGCGGCCAGGAGCAGCGCCAACAGCAAUGAGGCCAACGAAGCGGUGCAGCGUCUCUCGGCGCUGGAGAAAAAGUUUCAGACCAGCAUACGUGAACGGGAUGCAUUGCGCAUACAGAUACGCAGCCUCAAGGAUGAGUUGCUCAACAAAAUACCCAAAGACGAGCUGACCGAGAGCAAUGAGAUGAUCGCAGCGCUGCAGUCCGAGGGCGAAAAGCUGUCCAAGGAAAUACUGCAGCAGUCGAACAUUAUAAAGAAACUGCGCGCCAAAGAGAAAACUUCGGAUACGCUGCUCAAGAAGAAUGCCGAACUGUUAUCGUCGAUGUCCAGCGAAUCGGAGCGUUUGAAGAAAUCGCUGGCAGCCAAGGAGGAAAUGGAGCGCACUCAAAUCGAGGCCGUUGGCAAAAUGACCACUGAGAAGCGACGGGUGGAUGAAAUAAAUGCGGAGCAGCGCAGCCGCCUGGAGGAUCUGCAGUCGAAGCUGGCGGCACUGCAGUCGAGCUUUGAUGGCGUCAAGGUGGACUUGCAGCAGCGCCAGCGUAAUGAGCAAAAUCAAAUGCAGGCAGAAAAUCAAGAGUAUGUGCAACAGCUGACGGACAUGCGGGAAAAGCUGCGCCUAAGCGAGCAUAACAUGGCCAAGCGGGAGCAGCAGCUGCGUGAAGAGAAUCGCGAGCUAAUGCGUCGCCUUGAGGCGGCCGAAUCGCGUGCCGAGAGCAGCACACAGGAUCUAAGUCUAACAACGACGCCGCUCAUACGGCAAAUCGAAUCGCUGCAAAAGACGCUCAAUCAACGCAGCGCCAGCUGGCAAAGGGAUGAGCAGCAGCUGUUGCAGAAAGUCGAGGACGCCGAGUCACAGUUGCGUUCGCUGCAGCAGCUGGAAACGGUGCAGCAGGAGAAGCAGCAAUUGUUGCACACACGUUGCAAUCUGCUGGAGGAGAAGCUCUCCAAUGCGCUGCUGCAAGCCGAGAGCGCCAAAAUAACGUUGCAACAACAGGAGCUGGACGCCAGUCUCAAGGAGAGCGAUGCCAAAAGUCAACUGCAGGCACUGCAGCUACAGCUGGAGCAGCAGCAGGCGCAGGCAGCGGAGUCAACACUUAAGUGCCAGCAGUUGGAGCUGGAGCUGCAGCGCAGCAAGCAGCGCGCAUAUCAGCCCAGCAGUGAGUUAACCAUAGAGGCGGUCAAAGCCAGCAGUGAGCUGUUGUCCAAGCCAGCGCUGCAUGCAUCACCACCACUUAGUCUAGUGGACGACAGUGCUUCCAACGAAGAAGUGCUUGAUGGCAUAAUUGACUGGCAAGGCGAUGAUUUGGAAUGCAUCUCAAAUAGCGGACGCCAGCCGUCGUCGGGCAUUAUACAAGGCGUGCACUUGAGCUUCAUGUCGGGCAACACCAGCAUGCUGGAGCAUUUGCAGUCGCUGCUGAAGCAGCGCGAUGGUGAGCUUACGCAUUUGCAAUGGGAGCUGGCACGGCUGCAAGCCGAACGUGGCGUGCUCGAUGGCGAAAUAUCCAAUCUAACCAUGGAACUAGAAACGCUCAAGGAGAAAAUGGUAACAUAUGAGGCCAUGGAGAAAUGCUAUGCGGAGCUACAGCAUCGCUAUGAUGCACUGCUGCAGAUGUAUGGCGAGAAGGUGGAGCGCACCGAGGAGCUGGAGUUGGAUUUAGUUGAACUUAAGACGGCCUAUAAGCUGCAAAUCGAUGAGUUGCUAGCGGCGCCGCCACCAAAUUUAAAUCCAACUCCCAAGCGCACAUGAUUGUCAAGAUCGCUGAAUUGUCUGUGGCGUUGAGAAGACAUUUGGAGCCAUUCCCCCGUUGCAGCCCGUUUUUACUUUUGCUUAUUUAUACAUCAACUUAGUCCAUAAAAAAUAAUUAUCCAUUGUCGUCACAGCGUAAUUAUUAUUUGCAUGUUAAAAAAAUUUCUAGUUAUAUUAUGAAUAUUGAUCGAUUGUGAUAAUUUUAUUUAUAUACUUAUGCAUACAUAAAUUAAAUUAUAUAUACACACACACACACACAUAUAAAUAUAUGUAUAAAACAAACAGUUAACGGUACAAGGUCAAUGAAGGUAGUGAAAGCAGAUGCACGUUAUUAUUUAUAAAUAAAUCGUAUAUAGCAAUCAAUAUGUUUAUUUUCUAUGUAAAAUAGUUGCAAA